UCGACACACGACACGAACGCAACCACAGUACCACACGGACACGGGCUCGGCCGCUAGACCCACUCAGAGCCGAACCUCUUCCUCUUUCUCUCCUUCCGUCCCCAUGGCGCCCAAGGUUUUAAUGGUCGCGGAGAAGCCCAGCAUCGCGCUCUCCAUCGCCUCCGCCCUCUCCGGCGGCCGCAUGUCUACGCGGAAGGGAAGUACCGAUGUUCACGAGUUUGAUGGGAUGUUUCAGGGCUCUCAGGCAUUCUUCAGAGUGACAUCAGUCAUCGGACAUGUCUUCAGUGUUGAUUUCCCACCUGCAUAUCAGAACUGGGAAGGGACUGAUCCGAUGGACCUUUUUAACGCUCCAGUUCUGAGAUCCGAGAGUAACCCAAAGGCUCAUAUCCACAGGCAUCUAGCCCAGGAAGCUAGAGGCUGCACCUAUUUGGUACUUUGGCUUGACUGUGACCGAGAAGGGGAAAACAUAUGCUUUGAAGUAAUUAGUUGCACCGGGAUUCCUGAGGAUGAGGUUGGCAAAAGAAUAUUUCGAGCUAGAUUCUCAUCUGUUACCGAGAAAGACAUAUCAAAUGCUAUGGAUAAUCUUGUGUUGCCAAACAAAGACGAGGCACUAGCGGUGGAUGCUCGGCAAGAAAUAGACUUGAAGGUAGGAGUAGCAUUUACUCGAUUUCAGACCCGAUAUUUUCAAGGAAAAUAUGGAAAUCUCGACUCAAGAGUCAUUUCGUACGGUCCCUGUCAAACACCUACGCUUGGAUUCUGUGUACAACGCUACCAGCAAAUUAACACAUUCAAACCAGAGAAAUUCUGGUCUUUGAGAGCUUACAUUAUCAAAGAUGGUGAUGAAAUACAGCUAGAAUGGGACAGGAAGAAACUUUUUGAUUUCGAUGUUACUGUAAUGUUCCAAAAGAUGGUAGCCAGUGAUGGAGCUCUAAAAAUAACAGAUAUAUCAGUGAAGGAAGAGUGCAAAGCCCGCCCACCUGGUCUUAAUACGGUGAAUCUGCUUAAGGUUGCAUCAAGUGCGCUAGGUAUCGGACCCCAGACAGCCAUGCAUAUGGCCGAGCGGCUUUACAUUCAAGGAUACAUAAGUUAUCCGCGUACAGAGAGCACUGCCUAUCCCGCGUCAUUUGAUUUUAAAAGUGUACUUUCUACAUUAGCACAUAAUCCUUUGUGGUCCAAUAACGUCCGAACGUUGAUGGAUGCUGGUUUUGUUAAGCCUCGUCAAGGUCAUGAUGUUGGGGACCAUCCCCCGAUUACUCCAAUGCGACUAGCACCAGAAGAAGCUUUGGAAACUGAUGCAUGGAGGCUGUACCAGUACAUAUGCCAGCAUUUUAUUGGCACUGUCAGUCAUGAUUGUAGAUAUACAAGGACUGCAGUUGAGUUCACUUCAGGUGGAGAGAUUUUCCGUUGUGUUGGCCACCGAGUCACUUCCAAAGGAUUUACAUCUAUUAUGCCAUGGCUGGCUGUGGGUGAGAAUAAUCUCCCAACAUUUAAAAAAGGGGACACAAUUAAUAUUCAUAAGGUUGACAUAUACGAGGGAAGCACCACGGCUCCUGAUUACCUUAGUGAGAGUGAAUUGAUCUCUCUCAUGGAAAAGAAUGGCAUAGGCACAGACGCAUCAAUUCCUGUCCAUAUAAACAACAUUUCGGAGCGUAAUUAUGUCCAGGUAAAUUCUGGAAGAAGAUUAGUACCAACAGCCCUGGGAACUACCCUGAUAAGAGGAUAUCAGUGUAUUGAUGCCGAUCUCUGCCUGCCAGAUAUCCGAAGUUUUAUUGAGCAGCAGAUUACUCUAAUUGCAAAAGGCAAAGCUGAUCAUCUUCAAGUCAUUCAACAUGUCCUUCAACAGUUUAUGAGAAAGUACUCUUAUUUUGUGAAGAAGAUUGAAAACAUGGAUACUUUGUUCGAAGCACAGUUUUCACCUCUGGCAGACUCUGGGCGUCUAUUGAGCAAGUGCGGUAAAUGUGGUCGGUAUAUGAAAUAUAUUUCCACUCAGCCAAUGAGGAUGUAUUGUGUAACUUGUGAGGAGGUCUAUUAUCUUCCCCAGAAUGGUUCUAUUAAGCUUUACAAGGAAAUUAUUUGCCCCCUUGAUGGUUUUGAGUUGCUUCUGUUCUCAAUGGUGGGCCCUGAUGCAAAAUCUUUUCCACUAUGCCCCUGUUGCUACAAUAGUCCUCCAUUCGAAGGCAUCGACAAACUUUUCGGUGCACUCAAGCUUGAUGACACCGGCAAGGUUGGGAAAGGGGCUGGCAUGCCGUGCUUCCUUUGCCCGCACCCGACAUGCAAGCAAUCGAUGAUCACUCAGGGAGUUUGCGCCUGUCCAGAGUGUAGCGGUACCCUGAUUCUUGAUCCAGUUAGCGCACCAAAAUGGCGGCUUCUCUGCAACACGUGUAACUGCGUUGUGCUACUCCCACAUGCCGCUCAUAAGAUCACCACCACAGAUAAGAAAUGCCCAACAUGUGAGUCAACUAUCAUUGAAGUCGACUUCAACAAGAAAGCCACCCCUCUUGAAGAUGGAGCUACUUUGCAUGAGGGUUGUAUCUUGUGUGAUGAGCUGUUACAUUCCCUCGUUGAGAUGAAGCAUGGGAAGUCGUUCUUUAUGCGGAGAGGCAGGGGGAGAGGUAGGGGUAGGGGACGAGGGAGAGGCGGCCGGGGUAUGGGAAGGCGGGGGAACUCGAGACACGGCGAUCCUAAGAUGAGCUUCAGAGAUUUCUAAUUAGCCUAUUUGUUUUUGACCUGUAACCCUACUCUGUAAGACAUGAUGAUCCAUAUAGUGUUAUCUUCUGUUGCAUCUAGCAAAGUUUAUGCGUAAA